AUGAGUAAGGAGUAAUAGCAAUUCUAUUUCUAAAGCGAGAUCACAGCCGAUUCGAACCGAUUACCGAUUUUUACAACAGCAAAAAUGUUCAUCAUCAUCCACUAAUAUACUAUUUAUCUUCUUCUCCAUAGCUAUAUUGAAAAAAAUCAUUCGUCACAAUUAGCUAAGAAUCUCCGUUUUCAUGUCGAAUUGAAGGCAAUCAUGAUGCUCGGUGGUUUCUCCGCGUCCGAAUCCGCCGCCGAAUUUCUCUUAUUGAGCCGGAAUUCGCUUCCCCUUUGUGGAUUUCCGAUAUUGCGGAGGCAUGUUUCCGUUGCUGCGCCGAGGAGGGAGAAGCAGAGAAUAAUUGCGGCGAGAAGCGCUUUGAAUGACGGCGUUGCAUUAGAUAAGGAGUUUGAGUUCACGCCUUCGUUCAGCGAGUACUUGAAGGCGAUGGAAUUUCUGAAGAAUGAGAAGUACCAAACCCUAAAAAGUAGCGACAGCGGCGAUGUUAGUAGUAAUAGGUCGAGGGGGAGGAAGGUUGUGAAGAAAAUUGAGGAGAAGAGCGGUGGUGAGCUGAGUGCAGCUGAAGAGAAUUCGAGAAAGGGGAAAAGAGGGGCGUCGUAUAGAGGAGACUCGAAAGAGGGCGAUUUUCGCGAUUCGGAGAUGACUGGGAGGAGGCAGGGUAGAGAUAGAGAUUUGAGGAUUCGGAAUAGAAAGAUGACGGAUGGCGGUGAGAGUGAGUCCUUGAGUGUGGAACGAGAUGCGUUUAAGCCGUUGGAAAACGGUGAGGGUGUUGUAGGGGGGCCAAGAGUGACAAGGGUAGACAUGGAGGAGAGAAUACAGAAGCUUGCUAAAUGUCUGAAUGGUGCAGACAUUGACAUCCCUGAGUGGAAGUUCUCUGAAAUUAUGCGGAGUGCUCAGAUUAGAUUCUCAGAUCAUUCUAUUUUGAGGGUAGUUCAGAUAUUGGGUAAGUUGGGAAAUUGGAAGCGGGUGCUCCAACUCAUUGAAUGGCUCCAGUCCCGCGACCGCUUCAAAUGUCACAGGCCAAGAUAUAUUUGUACUGCUGCACUGGAUGCUCUUGGAAAAGCUAGGAGACCAGUAGAGGCUCUCAAUCUCUUCUAUCGGAUGCAGGGCCAAAUGGCUACCUAUCCGGAUAUAGCAGCAUAUCAUUGUAUUGCCGUCACGCUUGGACAAGCAGGAUAUAUGAAGGAACUAUUUGAUGUGAUUGAUACCAUGAGGUCCCAUCCCAAAAAGAAGUUCAAAACUGAAUUGCUUGCAAAGUGGGAUCCACGGCUGGAACCUGAUAUUAUUGUCUAUAACGCUGUCCUUAAUGCUUGUGUUCGGCGUCAGAAAUGGGAAGGGGCUUUCUGGGUUCUGCAGCAACUAAGCGAACAGAACCAACAACCUUCAAGCACAACGUAUGGACUAGUUAUGGAGGUCAUGUUGGCAUGCGGCAAGUAUAACUUGGUUUAUGAUUUCUUCAAGAAGGUGCAGAAAUCGUACAUACCAAAUGCUUUAAUAUAUAAAGUUCUCAUAAAUGCUCUAUGGAAGGAAGGCAAAGUCGAUGAGGCCAUAAUGGCUGUUGAUGAAAUGGAGAGAAGAGGAAUAGUUGGUACUGCCGGUCUAUAUUAUGACCUUGCUCGCUGCCUUUGUAGUGCAGGACGGUGCAGUGAAGCGCUAAAACAAAUUGACAAGAUCUGCAGAGUUGCAAAUAAACCACUUGUGAUAACUUACACUGGUUUGAUGCAAGCAUGUGUGGAUUCUGGCGACGUUGAAAAUGCGGCAUAUAUCUUCAACCAUAUGCAGAAGUUUUGUUCGCCAAACCUUGUCACUUGUAAUAUUAUGCUCAAAGCUUUUCUUGAUCAUGGGAAGUUCGAAGAUGCCAAACAGUUGUUUCUAACGCUGUUGGAUAACGGAAAUAAUAUUCGUCGCGAAGAAGAUUACAGAGUUAGGGUUAUUCCUGAUAUCUACACGUUCAACACAAUGCUAGAUGCAUGCGCCGCAGAGAAAAGGUGGGGCGAUCUUGAGUUUGUCUACGUGCAGAUGCUGAGAUACGGUCACCACUUCAAUGCGAAACGCCAUCUUCGGAUAAUAUUGGAAGCACAACGUGCUGGAGAGGAAUCGAUUCUGGAGAUGACGUGGAAGCGCCUGGUGGAAACCAAACGGCCUCCUCCUCCUCUGCUCGUCACCGAAAUGUUCUGCACGAGGCUGUCGCAGGGAGACUAUGCAGCUGCGCUCUCGUACGUGGUUAACUUCGCCUUCGUCGAAUCACAUGUCUUCUCUAGAAAGUCCUGGUCGAAAGUCUUGACUGAGAACGCCCACCGGUUCCCGGACCGUGCUCUCGACCAGCUCGUACAAGACGGAAACAUCCUUCUUCACCGGUCCGAAAAUCCUGCUCUUGAACAUCUAUUAGAUUCUUGCAAAGAUCAUUUAAGGAAGCAAGCAUUAUUAGAUGUGAGGGAAAUAGUAAGAACUGGGUUUCAAAAUAAUGCUGCUUUAGUAUGCUAAAUCUGAAAUAUUAUUAUUUGUUAAUGUUAUUAUGUCGAAUUUCUUUAAUACCAUCUACGUCGAACCACUUAAAAUCGGCAUAUAUAAAGUGGCAUGUAAUUAUUUUUUUUGGGUAUUUAGUAAAUUACUAAACUUUAUCCGAGUUCUGGA